UGAUGACGGAAGAGCUCACUCUGCCACGUCUCUCCUGGGCAGCUGCAGAAAGAGGGAAGAAGAAGAAGAGAGAGAGGGGGAGAGACAGGCUGCUGUACCGGUACCCCCCCUCCUCCACCUACACAACAUGAGCCAGUCCGGAGCUCCCUACUGGGGGGAAGAGAAGAACCACAACUGAUGUCUGAGCCACCCCCUCCCCCCACCUGUACAUGUAGCAGAAAACGGCGUUGCCCUGUGUUCCCGGCCUCGGAGUGGAGCUGACUGCUGGACACGGACUGGCACCUUGUCAUGCCCGGUGGAAGAAGGGGUCCUAGUCGGCAGCAACUAAGCCGUUCCGCUUUGCCCUCUCUGCAGACUUUGGUUGGCGGUGGGUCUUGUGGCAAUGGCACAGGGCUGAGGAACAGUAAAGAAAAUGGGCACAAAACACUACAGUCCUUUAUAAGGAAUGGUAGUGCAGUUGGCCUCUCCGCCCCUCCGAUAACUGCCUUGAUAACCCCUGAACCCGUGCGUCACUGCCGUAUCCCUGACCUGCCGCUGGACGGAAGUCUCCUCUUUGAGUUCCUCUUUUUUAUCUACCUUCUUGUUUCACUCUUCAUCCAGUACAUCAAUAUAUACAAGACCGUGUGGUGGUACCCAUAUAACCACCCUGCCUCCUGCACCUCUCUGAAUUUCCAUCUCAUCGAUUAUCACCUGGCAGCUUUUAUCACCGUCAUGUUGGCCCGGCGACUUGUCUGGGCUCUUAUUUCUGAGGCUUCUCAGGUAGGAUCAACCUCCAUGGUCCACUACAGCGCCUUGAUCACCGCCCGCCUGAUCCUGCUCACGCUGUGCGGGUGGGUGUUCUGCUGGACCCUGGUCAACCUGUUCCGCAAUCAUUCAGUCUUGAACCUCCUGUUCUUGGGCUACCCAUUCGGAGUCUAUGUACCUCUUUGCUGCUUCCAUCAUGACAACCGCUCCCAGCCUCUGCCCACGGAUUGUGGAUACUUCGUACAGGAUUCAUUAGUAGAGGACGGUGCUAAUGACGUGGCCAGCCUUGUCAGACCCAAAGACUUUUUAUCCCUCCUCCGGGAGUCCCUGAGAGAACAGUUCAAUUCCCCCCCUUCUAUCCCAUCCCACAGCUGUCCACUGUCCCCGGACCUCAUACGUAACGAGGUGGAGUGUCUGAAAGCGGACUUCAACCGCAGGAUUAAAGAAGUCCUGUUCAACUCCCUCUUUAGUGCCUACUACGUGGCGAUUCUGCCACUGUGCUUUGUAAAAAGCACUCAGUAUUAUGACAUGCGAUGGUCGUGUGAGCACCUCAUCAUGGUGUGGAUCAAUGCCUUCGUCAUGCUGACCACACAGCUGCUGCCGCCCAAGUAUUGCGACUUGCUGCACCGCUCGGCGUCACACUUAGGAAAGUGGCAGAAGCUGGAGCACGGGUCGUACAGCAACGCACCACAGCACAUAAAGAAAGGUCUUAGCCUGAAAAAGAAAACAAAUACAACCACCACAUCUAAGGACCGCUGGUCAGAAAGCACAGUGUGGCCCCAGGGGGUCCUGGUACGACACAGCCGAAGCUUAUAUAAAGCCGUGGGACCCUAUAAUGUAGCAGUGCCUUCAGAUGUCUCUCACGCCAGAUUUUAUUUUCUAUUCCACCGGCCGUUACGGCUCCUCAAUGCCCUGGUGGUGAUGGAAGGCAGCCUGGUGCUGUACCAGCUUUACUCCCUGCUGCGCUCCGAGAAGUGGAACCACACGCUGUCCAUGGCGCUCAUCAUGUUCUGCAACUACUACGUCUUGUUCAAACUUCUACGGGACAGAAUAGUAUUGGGAAGAGCGUAUACUCACCCCCUCAACAGCUACGGACUCAAACCCCACUGAAAACCACCAGGCCGCAACCGUGGACUUUUUUUUUUUUUUUUUAUAUUGUAGGGGGUGGAGAAUGUAACUGCAGACGGAAAAAAAACAAAAAAAAAAAGCAGAAAAAAGUAUUUUCAUACAGGUCUAUUUUUUUCCUCUCAAUGUUUAUAAUAUUUAAGAUAUUUUAUAUUUUGUAUACUUUUGUUUUUUUUCUUGUGGUCACCGGUUUGGGGAGAGCUAUCCCAGCAAAUGUACCAAAACGUCUUUUUGGUUUUAUAAUAAUGCAGGUAUUAUUGUAUACAUAUACGAUUGUGUAUGUGCAUGUCCUAGGAGCAGCCUGACCGUCCUCCCAAUAUCACCCCCCCAAGAGGAGGGAGGGCGGGGCAGCGCGGUGUUAUAAGCGGCCCUGUAGAGGGCGCCACUCUGUGCCCAGCAAAUUUCAGUGCCACUUGCCUGUGUUAAUGAUGGCAGAGCUUGAUAGUAUUGACAAAAAACAAUAAUAAAAAAGACAAAUAAUUUUCAUAA